AAAAAAAAAAUCUAAGGGACGCCUUCCUUAGUUGCGUGGAUUUUAUCUUCGGAAAGUGGAUAACCAGGAAACAAAUCUAUAGGUGUGUGUUGAGGAGGUGUGUGUGUGUGAGGAUGAUGUCUUACCUGAAACAGGGCCCGUACGCCAUGAACGGGCUGGGGCUCGGGGGCGCGCCCAUGGACCUGCUGCACCCUGCCGUGGGAUACCCAGCAAAUCCUCGUAAGCAGAGGAGAGAGAGGACGACGUUCACUCGAACUCAGCUGGACAUUCUGGAGUCCCUCUUCGCUAAAACGCGUUAUCCUGAUAUCUUCAUGAGAGAGGAAGUGGCUUUAAAGAUCAACCUGCCGGAAUCUAGAGUACAGGUUUGGUUUAAGAACCGCAGAGCGAAGUGCCGGCAGCAGCAGCAGAGCACCAGCAGCAACAACAGUGCCAAAAUCAGACCCGUAAAGAAAAAGUCCUCUCCGUCACGCGACAGCCCCGGUUCAGAGAGCAGCGGACAGUAUACGCCUCCGGCCGUGUCCAGCACCAACUCCUCUUCAUCCUCGUCCUCGUCUUCAUCAUCUUCAGGAUCGAACCCCUCAGGUUUGGGAGGACUAGGGAUGAGCGGGAGCUCCGCUUCCGGUACCACGCCUGUUUCGUCCAUCUGGAGCCCUGCACCCAUUUCGCCUCUGCCGGCACCUGCCAGCCUACCAGACCCGGCACCACCGUCCAGCGCCUCCUGCAUGCAGCGUGGCGUGUCUGCGGCGACCGGCGUACCCUCGUACCCCAUGUCCUACAACCAGACGACCGGUUACACCCAGGGUUACCCGGGUGCCACCUCCGGGUCGUACUUCGGUAACAUGGACUGCAGCUCGUACCUGGCGCCCGUGCACGGUCACCCGCACCACCACCAUUCCCACCACGCACAAAUCGGCUCAUUGGCAGGCACCGGCGUGUCUGGGCACCAUCACCCGCACCACCCACAUCAUCUCAGCCAAAGCAACGGGCACCACCAUCCACACGCCCACGCUCACCCGCACCAGGGCUACGGCAGCUCAGGGCUGGCAUUCAGCUCCACGGACUGCGUGGAUUACAAAGACUACAAAGACCAGCAGGCAGCAGCCGCUGCCGCCUCGUCCUGGAAACUGAACUUCAGCUCAGACUGCUUGGACUACAAAGACCAGGCCGCCUGGCGCUUUCAGGUUUUGUGAGUUCCUUUCUUGCUGAAUUUGAUUCUUGUUUAAAAAAAAAAAAAAAGACAAAACCCUCGCCCCCACAUUGAAGACGUUUUUGAAGACGCUCGGAUUGGGAAGCCCAAGCUUUUCUCUACGGAUUCCUAAAAAUUAUACCUCCAGACCCGAGACUUGAGCCUGAACUCUGAACUCUUGAGCUGUUCCUCUUACUGUAGCCCUCACCAAAGUUUCUACUGAAGUAAUGAAUGCCUUUUGUUUGGUCCUGUUAAAAAAACAAGGUUCUGCUGUAACCUGAAACCUGAAACCCACCCGGUCCUGCUUUACUGGACCUCGAUUGACCAAGAUUUUGAGACAAAACGCAAACAAAAACUUACAAAACCCUGCUGAUGCCAUCAAGAACCAGAUUGGUGCUGUGAUGUUGCUGCGAGUGCGCUUUUUGUGAGUGUGUGUAUGUGUGUGAGAGAGAGAGAGAGAGAGAGAGAGAGAGUGUGUGUGAAUGCAUGAAUGUGUGUGUGAGUGAGUGUGUGUAAAGAAAGUAAUAAUUCUGUGAUUUCACCUCGUUUCUUCUUGUGAAAAUGUGCUGAUACGUUUUACAUUAUGUUCAUUAAAUAAAGUAAAUCAGUAUAAA